AUGCCGCCCGCAACAAUAAGCCGCGCCCACUUGGCCGUGGCCGUGUCCGUGUCCGUGGCAGCUACUUACAGCGACAGCGACAGCGACAGCUAUACUCGCGGCCUAAAAGUACCUCUUCCCCUACCCUACCAUGCUGAUGCCAAUACCAAUGCUGCUGCUGCGAGCCGGCGAGGGGAAAAUCCCUACCUACAGCCACCCACUCCGCCGCCCAUGCCAUCCAGGGCCCCCGCUGCUUUAGCGAGCCUAUCUCAACACGACCAAGGCCUUUUUGACGCUGCCGACUUGUCAAUUUCAUGCAGCACCAGCACCGACGGCCCUGCCUGCUCCGCUGCCCGCCAACCACAGCCGACGAGAAGAAAAAAAGGGGACAAAGGAAAAAAAAGCGGGCGCGCCAACAAGACGACGACCAUCACAUCGCAUCGCAUCGUGGUGCAUUGCCAAUCGCUUCGCUGCCAUCCAUGUCCGCCGCCGCCGCCUGUUCUCCUGCCUCGUCAUGGCUCUCAGACGCUCCGGCGCCGCCCUCGUGGUGCAGCUCCACUCCAUGGCCAGCUGAUGUUCUCUUGCACCCUGGUCCUAGCGCCCCUCGUCUACAGCCGAAUGCCCGGGCCUCCCAGAGCCCUGGCGCUGCUGCUGCUGCUGCUGCUGCUGCUGCAUCAUACUACUGACGCCUGCCACCCUGCCACCCUUGACCGGCUGCCUGCACCGCCUGCUCACAUUCCUGUUCCUGCUGCUCUUGCUCCCCCUCAUACGUAG